AUGCUCCAGUGGCAGCGUGGACAUCUCAGUAACUACCAGUAUCUGCUGCACCUCAACAGACCUGGCCGACCGCAGCCUGCAACGACCUCUCCCAGUAUCCGGUUUUCCCCUGGGUCCUCGCCGACUACACUAGCCCACAGCUGGAAAAUCCUCGUUUCAGAGGGAUGCCCUGAGCCUCGUUUCCUGUACGGCAGCCAUUACUCGUCUCCGGCUACGUCCUGUUUUAUCUCGUCAGAGUCGAACGGCCGCUAUGACCACGCAGAUCGCAUGUUUAACAGUGUGGGUGAAACGUGGAGAAACUGCUUAGACGGAGCGACGGAUUUCAAAGAGCUGAUUCCAGAGUUUUAUGGGAACGACUGCAGCUUCUUGGAAAACAGGUUGAAUCUGGAUUUAGGCAGAAGACAGAACGGAAGUUUAGUGGUUGAUGUUGUUCUUCCACCGUGGGCCUCAGAUGCUGCUGAUUUCCUGCAGAAGCACCGGGCGGCGUUGGAGAGUCAGUUUGUAUCGGAACACCUCCACGAGUGGAUCGACCUGGUGUUCGGGUAUAAACAGAGAGGCGCUGAAGCAGUGGCCGCUCACAACGUUUUCCACCCGUUGACCUACGAAGGCAGCAUCGAUUGUGACAGCAUCGAGGACCCGGACCAGAGGAUCGCCAUGUUGACCCAGAUCCUGGAGUUCGGUCAGACGCCCACCCAGCUGUUCACCUCCCCCCACCCUCAGAGGAUCACCCCCCGCUUCCACAACAUCACCCGCAGCCCCAGCAUCACCUCGCCCAUCAGCGAACUGUCUCCAGCCUCUCCGAGCGCCGACUCGUCCUUCGAGGAUCUGACGGAGGAGAGCAGGAAGCUGGUCUGGGCCAACAUGGGAAACCUGAAACCCGUCUCCAGCCACAAGAUCCAUAAAGAGGCUGUAACAGGAAUCUCUGUGAGUCGAGAUGGAUCGGCUAUUUUCUCCACAUCCCAAGAUUCGACUCUUAAAAUGUUCUCCAAAGAGUUGAAGGACUUCCAGAGGAGCAUGUCCUUCUCUAAUAUGGCGUUGUCGUCGUGUCUGAUGCUCGCGGACGGUAAAACGGUGGUGUGUUCGUCGUGGGACAACAACGUAUAUUUCUACUCCGUCCCGUUCGGCCGGCGGCAGGACACGCUCAUGGGCCACGACGACGCCGUCAGCGCCAUCUGCUGGUUUGACGACCGCCUCUACACAGCGUCCUGGGAUUCCACGGUGAAGGUUUGGCAGUGUGAGUCUGAAGGUUCAGCCGCUCAUAAGAGGUCACAGUUUGAGCUGCUCGCAGAGUUGGAACAUGAUGCCGGGGUCAACGCCAUUGCUCUGAGUCCUGCUGGGACUCUCCUGGUGUCUGGAUGUAAAGAUGGGACGGUGACCAUCUGGGACACCAGCAGCUACGGCGCCCUGCAGCAAAUCCCCUGCCACGCCGCCGCCGUCCACCACAUGGCCUUCAGCCCCGAUAGCCGCCACGUCCUCAGCGUCGGCGCCGACUCCUGCAUGAAGGUCAUCGACGUCCAGACAGGGAUGGUGAUCUCAUCUGUGAAAUCUGAGGAGGAGCAAAGGUGUUUCUGCUGGGAUGGGAACUCUGUGUUAUGUGGAGGUCAGUCUGGAGACCUUCUACUGUGGGAUCUACUGAGUAACACAGUGACCAGGAGGAUCUCUGCACAUUCAGGUGCUGUUACCGCCAUGUGGAUGAACGACCUCAACACCACGGUGAUCACCGGCGGCGACGACCGACAGAUGAUCUUCUGGAGGGUCCAGAGUUAA